AUGGCGAGGGUGACGCUUGCUACGACCGCCAUGUUUGCGCUGGCCGUGGCGCUGGCAUCGAGUUCACGGCGGAGGACGACUCCAUGUGGGCCCUGUACGAGCGCGCACUACGAGGUGGCGCGCGACACGGGCGACAAGCUCCGGCGCUUCCUCGUCUUCAAGGAGACGGCGUGCAGCGUCUACGCCCGCCACCCAGGGGACAGACACUACGUGCUCGGCCUCAACAGCUUCGCUGACAUGACGACCGAAGAGUUCCGGGACAGCUUCACCCGCGAGAGGCCCGCCGUUGGCGGGGAGCGCCACGUCGACGCCAGCGGGGAGCGCCACUUCAACAUCACGCCGCAAGCCGAGGGCGAUAAACUGCUAGAACUACCAGACGCCGUCGAUUGGCGCACGAAGGACGCCACGGCCACCCCGGCGGUGGAAAGCCUGAACGCCAUCAAGAGGAACAUCGGGCUGGUCGACCUCUCCCCGCAGGAGCUGGUCGAUUGCUGCGACAGGGAGAAGAGUGGCUGCAAUGGCGGCUUCGCGGUCAAGGCCUUCUAG